AUGGCCCGUACCAAGCAGACCGCCCGUAAGUCCACCGGUGGCAAGGCUCCCCGCAAGCAGCUGGCCACCAAGGCUGCCCGCAAGAGUGCCCCAGCCACUGGCGGCGUGAAGAAGCCUCACCGCUACCGGCCUGGCACCGUGGCUCUUCGGGAGAUCCGGCGCUACCAGAAGUCGACGGAGCUGCUGAUCCGCAAGCUGCCGUUCCAGCGCCUGGUGCGGGAAAUCGCUCAGGACUUCAAGACGGACCUGCGCUUCCAGAGCUCGGCCGUCAUGGCCCUGCAGGAGGCUAGCGAGGCGUACUUGGUGGGGCUGUUCGAAGACACGAACCUAGCUAUAACCAUCAUCAUGUCUGGGAGAGGAAAAGGAAGCAAAGGGCUGGGCAAAGGGGGUGCCAAGCGGCACGGGAAGGUGCUCCGCGAUAACAUCCAAGGCAUCACCAAGCCUGCCAUCCGCCGCCUGGCUCGGCGCGGCGGCGUCAAGCGUAUCUCGGGACUCAUCUACGAGGAGACCCGCGGCGUGCUGAAGGUGUUCCUGGAGAACGUGAUCCGGGACGCCGUCACCUACACCGAGCACGCCAAGAGGAAGACUGUCACUGCCAUGGACGUGGUCUACGCUCUCAAGCGCCAGGGCCGAACCCUCUACGGCUUCGGCGGCUAA